AUGGAGGUGACAAUUGAUGUUGCUAGUCCUGAAGCGGGUGUGAUCCAAAAGUUUGUAGCCAAGGAAGGAGAUACUGUGGAACCAGGUACCAAGAUUGCUGUGAUUUCAAAGUCUGCUGAAGGUGUAGCUCACGUUGCUCCAUCUGAGGAGGCAUCAGAGAAAGCAGCUUCUCCGCCAUCUCCUACUGCUGAGAAGAUUGAGGAGAAGCAAAAGCCUAAAGUGGAAACUGCUCCUAUUACUGAGAAGCGUAAAGCACCCUCUCCACAACCUCCCAAACGCUCGGCUACAGAGCCUCAGCUUCCCCCUAAAGAAAGGGAAAGACGAGUUCCUAUGACAAGACUCCGGAAACGGGUUGCUACACGAUUGAAAGAUUCUCAAAACACAUUUGCAAUGUUAACAACAUUCAAUGAGGUUGAUAUGACAAAUUUGAUGAAGCUCCGUUCUGAUUACAAGGAUGCUUUUGUCGAAAAGCAUGGAGUCAAGUUGGGACUUAUGUCGGGAUUUGUGAAAGCUGCGGUCAGUGGACUCCAAAAUCAGCCUAUUGUAAAUGCGGUCAUUGAUGGGGAUGAUAUCAUCUAUAGAGAUUAUAUAGAUAUUAGUGUAGCCGUUGGUACACCUAAGGGCCUUGUUGUGCCAGUUAUCCGCAAUGCUGAAAAAAUGAAUUUUGCUGAGAUUGAGAAAGAGAUCAAUACGCUAGCAAAGAAGGCAAUUGAUGGAUCUUUAUCCAUUGAUGAGAUGGCUGGAGGAUCAUUUACAAUAUCUAAUGGUGGUGUUUAUGGAAGCCUUUUGAGUACCCCCAUCAUCAAUCCGCCUCAGUCAGCGAUAUUGGGUAUGCACUCGAUAGUGACCCGUCCCAUGGUUGUUGGAGGCGACAUAGUCCCAAGGCCAAUGAUGUACAUAGCUCUAACCUAUGAUCAUAGGUUGAUUGAUGGAAGAGAGGCAGUUUUCUUUUUGCGACGCAUCAAAGAUGUUGUAGAGGACCCUCGUAGGCUUCUCCUGGACAUAUGAGGACUAUACAGCAGCUGGUAUAUGAUUGUGGUUUUCUGGUAUACCUAGAAUACGAUAUACUUUUUGAGUGCAUUGAACCAAAAAUAAAUGUCUUGCAAUUCUAGAGUUUUGGUGUUUCAUUAGUUAGUUUAACCCCUUUAGUGGGGUUCUAUAUAUGCGGCUUGAUAUGAUUGAUUUUGAAAUGAGAAGCAUUUUCUAUUCUAUUUAUGUCGAA